AUGGCUCCUGUUCAGCUUCCCGACGUCUCAACCGUCACCGCGGUUGAUCUCGCCCGUCUGAUAGAAAGGGACGACGCGGAGACCACCAGGCUGGUCGAGGCGUUGGAGAGUCCUGGAUACUUCUACCUUGACCUUCGCAACGCUCCAGCGACAAAAGCCAUCGCUGAUCAGGCACGUCUCAUGUAUGCGCUUUCGGAGAACUACUUUGAACAGCCCGCCGAGAUCAAGGCCGAGGACUUCCGUCAAGGCCAGCCUUCAUGGAGCGACAGAGGGUACAAAUCCUGUGAGACUGAUGAGAGUUAUGAGAUGUCCAGAGACGAACUGCGCCAUAAAUCUUUGCCGCUUCCGAUAUCAAUGAUCAAGCAAGCGGAUCUCAUUGAGAGCUUCCACGGCCACUGCCACGAGGCUGCUCGUGUAGUCUUGGCCCGUCUGGUGGACGCGCUCGACACGCCUCUGCUAGAGAAUGUGCACCGCGACUCGGAGCCGAGCGAGACGGGCCUCAAGCUUAUCUCGGAGCCGUCGGUCCCCCUUGCAGCCAACGUCCUCGAAAACAAGCAUCGCGACAGCGGCACUCUGACGAUGCUCUUCUAUGACUCUUGGAGCAUGCAGGUGUGUCUCACGGGGGACAACAACGACAAUGAUGAGCAGGGACGGCGGGAAUGGGUCUUCGUGCCUCCUCCGCCCGAGGGCUGCGCCUUGUAA